AUGCUCCAAGUUUCCUUGAUUCUACUCUUGAUUUUGGCGAUAAACGCUCAGGAUGUGACCCAUUAUCAGCAUGUUCGCGCCGAAGUUCAUGAAAAUGGUGGACCCGGUGUAGUAAAUACCCCUGCUGGGACAGACCGUAAGUUGUCGGAAUAAUUAGUUUUGCGUAGGAUGAGUCAACUGAGGACUCAAAAGCUCCCCGGAUUUAAAGAGAUAAACGCAAAAUUUUACAUGCAAAAAUUCGCACAGCGAGCCUUUGAUUUUUACGAAAAACUUCUGCAAAGCGCGAGCUACAAGUCUUGAAAAGGUCUUUAAAAAUUUUUAAAUUUACCAAAUUUCUUCAAAAUCUAAACGUAGAAUUUGUAGUACUCCCGUAUGAUCCAAGUUUUGUAAAAACCGUCCUGAAUUUUCAGAACGAACCUCACAGUCCGCUGUAAUCGGUGGGCCCUCUUCUUCAGUUUCUGGUCCUCCCGCUCCUUACUUCGUCUUCAGAUCCCUCCGCGAACUCCUUGAUGACAUGGAAGCUAACUUCAGCAACUUCAAAGUCAAACUCCCCACCUUGUCAAUGUCCCCUUCAAAUUACCCAUCUUCAGUUUCUAUUGUUCAUCCAAAGUUUGCGAUGCAAAUCCCUACAGCCAGUCAGAAGUGCGAUCGAAUUUCGACUAUUGAUUCGUUGAAAUUCGAAUGCCAUGUUGCCGACUUUACUCCGGAAGAAAUCCAUGUCAAAUUGAAUGGAGAAACCUUGAAGUUGUCGGGAUAUCAUGAACAACCAAUCGAUGGGGGAGUGAGGAAAAUUAUCUUUGAAGAAAGCGUUCUAGUCCCGGCCAAGGACUACAAUUUGGACGACAUUAAGAGUUUCAUCGACGAGAGCAAUGUCCUCAAUGUGAUUGUGCCAAAAAAGAAGUUGGAGAAGUCCGGAAAAGUCAGAGAAAUUGCAGUGCAAAGAAAUUGAUUAUCAAAGGUUUAGAAUACGCAUCUGGUUGUAAGAAUUUGUGUACAGGGUCUUACAAAAAAACGUAAAGGAAGUCAGAGGCUAUAACUUCAGGCUGAGGCGGCGUAGAGACUUCAUUUAUUGUUGAGUAACCCAAUUUGUUGCAUAAUUUGCAACGUGUUUAAUAAUUUCCUUCUCGUUUUUUUGACAUUAACUCCAUCGAAAACCAAAAAAAAUCCAAAAUUUCUCGAUGACUUCCAGUCGAAAAAGCACUUCUUGUCGGGGUAAGAACGCUUCUACUUCAAAAAGUCGUACCGACCUCAGUUUGCACUUUCAAAUCUUGUUACAGAGUAGCCAAAAAACAGUCCGGCUUAAAAAACAUGUAUUCCAAAAAUGAACUCUCUGCGCCGCCUCCGCCUGAGGUUUAUAGCCUCUGACAUCCACGGUUUUUGAAAAACCUUGCGUAUGUAUUGUAUUUUUCGUGUGAUAUGUAGUUGCUUUAGAAAUAUGGUUCAUAUUUAUAGUCAUUAUGAUUACAUCGCUAGCUGCUUUGACUUUGUACACUUCAAUAAAACUUUUAACUUUACUUGAGGGUUUAAUUUCCUUCGUUACAAAAAACUUCUGAACGCCGCUUUCUAUCCGUUCGAACGCUCACUUAAUCCAUUUCCGACCUCCACCUGCCUGACCAAAUCAUGUCGUAUUCAUAUCUCCUCUCAAUCUCCUCAACCAACGCCCCAUCGCUCUUCUUUUUGCUGUAACAUCCGUUCUCGGCAUGUUCUUAACACUUGAUUAACACGACCUUAUUCUGACCCUUCCUCUCUUUUACCUGUGCCGUCACGAAGGAGAUCGGAGAAAGGAAAUCAAAGAAAAAUGGUUUUUCGAAGGACUAAUCGGCUUUGUUUGGCUUUCGAAAAAAGAAAAAAAGGCGACUUCGGUUGCGUACUUUCGCUCCAUUCAGUCCCCAAAACCUUAUAGCACUUGAAGUCGGGUUGAAGAGGUGGUGGGGGUGAUUUGACUCCGGUUAAGUUGCAGACAGAAGAAAGGCAUCGGAAUAUUAUUUGACCGUUUCUUUGUUUAUCCACUCGUGGAGUGCGUAAUUUGUUGCGCAAGGCCUGAAGAUGGCGUGGUUUGCUUUGAAAUAGGAGUUUGUCUUUUGAAUUUCAAGCCGCUGACCUUUGACUUCCGAAGGUUUGGCUUUUGAGGUCAUGGAAGAGGGAAUGACCGGUAAUCAGCUUAGUUUAUUAUAUGCUGCGGGGAGUAAAGAAAGUCAUAAAAGUUUAGUUAUAAUUUUGAUUCAAUUCGCUUGGUGGAAGACUUCUUAGAUCCCAUGCAAGCAUUUUCUGGGCCUUGUACUCAUAUUAGCCCCCCAAAAAAAAUUAAGGCUUUAUAGUCCCAGCUGUCACACUUAGAGCACCCCUUGAAAGAGUAUUGGUAAACUUCGUGCCAUACUUUUGCUUUAGUCAGCUUAUUUACAAUUUGUUUCUUUGACUUUUGGAUGACAUUUGAUACCCCGGCUUUUUAUGGAUAUUUAGCAAAGAACGGCCGCCCAUGCCGGUGUGGAUCUCAUUCUAGGAAGUGUUAGGCUUCUGAUUCUAGGCUGCAUCUAUUUUACUAUCUUUCUCCAGCCAACCUUCGGACGUACAGGUAAAUUUUAACUUGUUAGGGUUUAAUCGAACGGAAAGCAAUUAUUCGCAAUAGUGGACUCCAUUCUGCCUGAUCUCCUUUCACUUUCCAUGCGUUUUUUGCUGCCGAUCGGUUCAAAAUCUAGCUGAUUCCCAAGAUAGUCAUGGAUUAGUCCUCCAAACUUUCUUUUUUGUCCAUUUUUUGUUUUGAAUGCCCACUUCGCUUUGUAUAACUUCCUUUUCUUAUGCAAAACGUAUUAUUCUCUUUGUAAAAUCGUCGCCAUUCCAAAUUAAGUUCUUCAAAUAAAAAACCCCCAUAUUCGGGCAGAAAAAACAGCAGGACUACAUACCGAAUUCCUUUGGCCUCCUCCGUCGGUCUUCUUCGCCUUCUUCUCCCCUUUUUUCUAUUGUAAUUCGAGAGAGCGACAAAACAGAUCACAAAAAUGGAAGAAACAUUCGCAUUUCGUUUUAGUCCCGAAGCUGUCGGAUUCCUCUUGUAGUCUGAGGCAACGGCGUUCCGCCUCCGGCCGUUGGGACUGCACACUCAGCCAGUGGCUGACCAAUGUGUUGGACAGGAUGAGUCGCUACCUUCGAGAUCACAUCCGUCUCGACGAAACGCACAAUGAGAUCUUUGUGCUCCUCGUAAUGAUUGCAAUGGUUUUGGCGUUGAUUUGUCUGUUAAUUGUGUGCAAUUGCCUUCUUCAUUGCCAUUGUCCGAGCUUCAGGAAAAAAAGAAAAGAGAAGCUGCGUUUCGAAUGUGAAGACGAUUACUUCGAACAUGUAAAUCGAUUACUCGCCAGACAUCAUGAUAUCGAAGAAAGACGAAAGGAAGAGCUGGAAAGGCUCAAGGAUGCGGACGGAGUAAGUUUUUUUUUAUUAUCUACUUGAUAGCUAUAUCCUAUUUUAGUUUGAAUCGUACCUUCCGCUAAUUCCUCGAUCCCUCCCGGGCAGUAGAACAGCUUCGCCGGCACGGAGAAGGGCCCGCCAUAAUUCUGCAAGCUCAACACCUGCCAGAAGAGAGUUAAAAGAGGAUUUGGAGCAAUUUAAGGUCGAUCAUCGAGUGCAAAUUAAAGCUCCAGCAUCUCCAAAAACUGAGCCAGAGCUCUCUCCAAAGUCGGUAAUUGUUCGACGGCCUUCGCCAGCUCUUACGCAAGUCAGUAGAGCAGUAUCCACGACUAAUGUUACGGACGCGCAGACUCAAACACUGUAGGUCGCCUGAAUAAUAUAAUUCUUGAUUUCCUCUCUCUAAGCGCCGUUUAUAAAAAUUCUGUGUUAAAAACGCAUUUUACUUUCAGAGUGCCCUUGAUUGUGCUAAAACGACCACCCAAACGGAUCGAAACUACCGUAUGA